AUGAAUAUCGAGGAGGGCGGAAUUCAAAGAAAGUUGCAAUUACAAGAAUUGGAGGAGAUUCAAAAUGAAACAUACGAGAACGCAGUGAUUUAUAAGGAGAAUAAUAAGAUAUUUCAUGACCAACAAAUUUCUAGGAAGACAUUUGUCUGCGGGCAAAAAGUUCUACUGUACCACUCAAAAUUGAACCUAUUUCCAGUCGAGAUCCAGAGUUUGAAAACGGAGAAGAAAUUUGUAGUGAAUGGUCACUGUCUCAAGCCGUAUCAUGAAGGGUUUCUGAUUGAACGGGUGGAGAUGGUGCAACUGGAAGACCCGAUUCGCUUAGUUUAA